AUGAGUUUGACGGAAAAAUAUAAUUAAAAAUAUCUGCGAAUCAAAAAGAUCUGGAUUUUAAAUCUCUAGAAUAUCUGGUAAAAAAAAUCAAAAUAUCUGCGAAUAUAUUAAUUUGCUGAAUUUAUGAGAAAAAUUGUGUGAUUUGUAAGAGCAAUGGCGGCGUGUGACUUCGCUUAUGUUGUGCUAAUAAUCGGGAGUGCACUAAUGCAGAAUAGUGCGAGAGCGAGUGGGCGUAGAGAGUGCAACAAUGACUAUACUUGCGAGUGGAACUCAAACGUCCACGGGACGGACGAGAACCAGUGCUGCAGUGACGGAUAUUGCCACGACUCUUGUACUUCGGAUGCAAUUGCUGCGAUCAUCUUCUUCGUCCUCCUCCCCUGUUUGGGAUGCAUCUGCUGUGGACUCUGCAUCGGCAUCAUUGUCUACUUCGCCAUGAAAAACAACCAGAAAGGUUCAAGGACAGUGCACAACUCCACGUCUGCAGCACACCCACCAGCCUAUUAUUCAAGUCAAGCGUCUCCACCCUACUCCACCCAGUACCCACCCAAUUUCCAGUCACAUCCUCCUCCUUCUACUUUCCCAAACAACAUCCAAAACUACCCUGCUCCAGGUGCAUCACAACAAAUGCAAACAUGCCACGCGCCCCCUUACCCCUACUCCCAGUGAAACUUGUGAGCAGGAGAAGAAAAAACAAAAAAAAUACUUCUGCAUCAGCUGCAAAACAGGAAAAAUAGUUUCUGGAACUUUGAGCAGUAUUUCGCAUGGUCACACAAUUUUUUGAUUUAGAUUUGUUUAGAUUUAGAACAAACUUUUAUCCCUAAAUUUAA